GCAUUAUCAGCAACGCAUCAUAUGAUCAUGACAUUUCAAAUAACCUAAAAAGAAAAUUGUGUUCUAGUUGCAUUCAACUUGCUAACACUGAAUAAAAGCUGCCUAUAAUAAGCAUUUGUAAUAUUUUUAGCGACUUGCUAUAAUGACCGAACUUGAUAAAAUAUGUACUGUUUUGGACAAAUUAACACUAGAUGCCUUAACACUUAUGGAGGAAGAAAUUCAAAUAAAGCUUAAUGUGGAAAAUGCCAUGUGUGGAGGUGAAACGCACUUGGCGAAGUCUCGAUACAUUUUGGGACAGAAUAGUGUAUCAUCAUUACAAUUACCAACCGAAAACAGCCCUGAUUUUGAUGCUGUAACCACAGUAGUUGGGGAAGAUGAUGAGGAGCUUUUUGGACAAAAAGCCAGGACUUUAGAAGUAGUUAAAAAUGAAGAACAAAUUGAUCCAGUUAGGUGGUUUGGAUACUUGGUACCACAAGAUUUAUAUCAUUCACAGUCUAUGUUUAAACAAGCGUUACAAUGGAUUAUUCGUGCUGUUAAUGUGCAGACUAGAUUAAUUGAAACAUGUGGUAAAAUAGAACAACUGAAGGAAUUAAAGAAAGAACUAUUAGUAGCAAAGUAGAGUUUUUAGGGGUGUUAUGAAAUUGUGCGAGUUAUGUAUGAAUUUUUAAAUUAAUUAUGUAUUAUUACACAUAUUUUUAUAACAUAACUGUUGGUUACAUUUUAUGUAAAAAGUAUCUUUUCAACCGAGUAAAAGUUGAAACAGGGAACAAGGUUUGCUAACUGAAUUGUAGUAUUUACAAAGCUUUAAAUUUAAUUCAUAGCCCUAAAUUAAUUUUACCUUAGAAUUUGCAAUUACCCGGUUGGUUUUUAACUCUUGAUACCAUCAUGUGUUGUGUACAUAAAAAUGGUUACUAAGUAUUCUGUUAAUUAUAUGUUAUACUUAAGCUUAUUUCUAAGAACAAUAAAACAUAUUUUUGCAA